AUGCUUUACCUGAACAGACUGGAUCCCUUCUGGGCUUCCUCUGUUAUCUUCAUCGGUCGAGCAUGGGAUUCAGUAUCUGACCCCAUCGUUGGCUUCCUGGUGAGCAGGAGUCCCCGGAGGAAGUGUGGCAAACUGAUUCCGUGGGUUUUGGGCUCUACCCCCUUUGGUGUCUUGCUGUACUGUCUCCUCUGGUUUACACUCUCUGACACCCUACCCACCUCCUGGAAGUUCUUCUGGUACCUGACCACCUACUGUUUCUUCCAGACAUGUCUGAGUUGUUACCAUGUGCCAUACACCUCGAUGACCAUGUUCCUAGGAGGAAGCCAGAGUGAUCGAGACUCUGCCACUGCCUACAAUCCAACUGAGAGAAGUCCCAAAGUCAAGUAAACCAAGACAGUUCACUUAAAUUCACUAAAGAUCUG